CGUGUCGUCGUCCCUCGUGGCUCCCUGGCCUACACGUCGUACCGAGGACAAGCCACUUGUACUACCUCGCACCAACCGCUGAGCGAGCCGGCGGCCGGCCCCCGUCGCGCUCGAUCUCUUUCUCUUCCCGGCCUCUUCCUGCAGUCCAAGCACUGAAGCGCCCAUCCCCUACAAAGCCGCCACGAUCUCUCUUCCACUACCUCCUCGCCGCACGCCGCCCCCGUUUAUAGCUGCGACCGACAGGUUACUGCACCCUCCUGAAUCCUCUCGCACUCGCUCGCUCUCAGCUGUCCGUUCCUCCGUUCCUUUCUCGGCCUCUCGCGCGAGCACCGAGGCGUACCGGGAGGCCAAUAAUGUGGAACAAGAACAAGCCGCCGGAGCUCUACUACGAGAUCCUUCACGUCGCCAGGGACGCCUCCCCGCAGGGCGUCCGGGCGGCGUACAGGACCCUGGCCCGCCAAUGGCACCCCGACAAGCACCCGCCGGAGUCCAGGCCCGAGGCCGAGGCGCGCUUCAAGGCCAUCACCGAGGCCUACAAGGCGCUGCUGGACCAGCAGGAGAACAGGGCGGUGUUCGCCGCGCGCGAAGGCGGCGGGAGGAGUAGGCCCGCCGAGAAGGACCUCUGCGGCUGCGGCGGCGAGAACGUCGCCACUGCGGUGGUGAGAGCGGCGCGGGGCGAGAAGCCCGGGGCCGCGCCCCCCUGCACGCUGGCGCGGGAGGAGCCGGCGGCCAAGGCGAAGGUGUACAGCGCCUGCAGCAACGUCGGGGGCGGCGGCCGGCGCGCGUUCGCCGAGUUCUCCAGCUACGUGGUGCGCAAGGCGCCGCCGCUGGAGCGCAGGGUGGAGUGCACCCUCGAGGAGCUCUGCACCGGGUGCAGGAAGGAGGUCAGGUACACCCGCGACGUCGUCACCAAGAACGGACUGAUCACCAAGAAGGAGGUAACGCAGACCAUCCGUGUGAGGCCCGGGAUGAGGAAAGGCUCCGCGGUGACGAUGGAGGGCGCCGGCGACGAGCGGCCGGGCUGCCUGACGGGCGACGCCGUGUUCGUCGUGUCGGAGAGGAAGCACAAGCGGUUCAAGCGGCUCGGCGACGACCUGGUGCUCCGGGCGCGGGUGCCGCUGGUGAGCGCGCUCACGGGGUGGCAGCUCUCCUUCAGGCUGCUCUGCGGCGACAGGUUCCGGUACGCGUUCCGGGACGAGGUCAUCUGCCCCGGGUACGUCAAGGUCGUCAAGGGCGGCGGAAUGCCCGUCGCCGGCGGGGAGAAGGGCGCGCGCGGGGACCUCAUGGUGAAGUUCGAGGUCGUGUUCCCCGAGGACCUCACCGACGAGCAGCGGAAGGGGCUCGCCGAGAUCCUGAGAGGCUGCGCCUGAAGUUUGCUGGGCAUCGGAGAACGGUGUGUUGUUAUGUGGCGACUUCUUGCAAUUGUAAAAUUUUGUUACGCUUGUGUUGAUAUUACUACUUAGAGAAAAGGACUCUAGAGCACAUGAAGAUCGAUGUCCUUGUACAUAUGUUAGAGGUUUUGUUUUUAUGCAGAAUAUGCACGGUUGCAACUUGCACGAGCUAGAGAUGA